GGAGUUGUAGUCCCGCAUGGGCCUCCUCAGGGUGAAGUCUGCAACAUGAUUAACAAGAAGUAUAACGAGUUCCUCCCGAGCAUGCAGAGCGCUGAGGACUUGGUGUCACAAGUGGACAGUCUGUCCGGCAACAUCGACCUACUGAAAUCCAGGAUCGAAAAUGAGGUCCGGCAAGAUCUGAAUGUGGCCAUUGCGGAAUUUACUGAAUUGAAGCAGCAGCUGGAGCGAGACUCGUUAGUUCUGAGUGUGCUGAAACAGCUGCAAGAGGUGAGGAAGGAGGCUGGGAAAAUGGCUUCAGAUCGCAAAGUGUUUCUGUAUUUUGUUCCACCGACCUCUUCCUGAGUCUCCAUUGUGAAUAAA